AUGCCGUUGGACCAAGAAAAUAAAUACGAAAUAAAAAGACCGCAAAGACAGAUAUAUGCUGAAGUAUCGCGAGAUCUAAUCCUAAUACGACCGGUCAAUCAAAAUGAAAAGGACAUUGGAAUAAAAUAUGAGUUAAGAAGAGAUGCGAUUAAUAUAAACACGAGUGUUGAAGAGGCUUAUUGA